CGCACUUGAACGGGAGUGCAUGUGCGCGCGCGAGUCGGGACACCGGUAGCCGCGAGCAUGGAGAUCCGCCCGGACCGCUUUAAGGCUGUGGCAGGAAAAACCCUGGGAAAGAUACACAGGAUUCUCGAGAAGCGUCAAGAGAAUGGCGAGACUAUCGAGUUGUCAGCGGAGGGAAGGCCGGAGAUGGUGGAAGAGAAGGAGCUGCCCGUCGUGGACUGCACAUGCUUCGGGUUGCCACGCCGCUACAUUAUCGCCAUUCUCUCUGGUCUCGGUUUUUGCAUCUCCUUCGGCAUCCGCUGCAAUCUCGGCGUGGCUAUCGUCAGCAUGGUCAAUGACCACACCGUUUAUUACGGAAAGAAACCCGUCAUCAUGGCUGCUCAGUUCACAUGGGACCCAGAGACAGUGGGGAUGAUCCAUGGUUCAUUUUUCUGGGGUUACAUCGUGACGCAGAUCCCCGGAGGAUUCAUCUGUCAGAAAUUCGCUGCCAACAGAGUGUUUGGCUUUGCGAUCGUGGCCACGUCCACUCUGAACAUGCUGAUUCCGGCUGCAGCGCGGAUCCACUAUGGAUGUGUCAUCAUGGUCAGGAUAUGCCAGGGUCUUGUGGAGGGUGUGUCAUAUCCUGCAUGCCACGGGAUCUGGGCCAAAUGGGCUCCGCCUCUCGAGAGAAGCCGAUUGGCCACGACAGCAUUCUGUGGGUCGUACGCAGGGGCUGUGGUGGCGAUGCCCUUGGCUGGUGUGUUAGUACAAUAUACUGGAUGGUCGUCUGUUUUUUAUGUGUAUGGUAGUGUCGGGAUACUGUGGUAUCUCUUCUGGAUCUUGGUGUCAUAUGAGAGUCCAGCUGCUCAUCCUACAAUCACUCCAGAGGAGAGGAAAUACAUCGAGGAAGCUAUUGGAGAUACAGCAGGGCUGGUCAACCCCCUUCAGAAAUUCAAAACACCUUGGCGUUAUUUCUUCACCUCCAUGCCAGUAUAUGCCAUCAUCGUGGCCAACUUUUGCAGAAGCUGGACCUUCUACCUGCUCCUCAUCAGCCAGCCCGCAUACUUCGAGGAGGUUUUUGGUUUCGAGAUCAGCAAGGUGGGGUUGGUAUCUGCGCUCCCUCACCUGGUGAUGACCAUCAUAGUGCCGCUGGGGGGGCAGCUGGCUGACUACCUGAGAUCGCACAACAUAAUGAGCACCACUAAUGUCCGCAAGCUUAUGAACUGCGGAGGAUUUGGAAUGGAGGCCACGCUGCUGUUGGUGGUGGGAUUCUCUCACUCUAAGGGAGUGGCCAUAUCAUUCCUUGUACUGGCUGUAGGCUUCAGUGGGUUUGCUAUCUCAGGCUUUAAUGUGAAUCAUUUGGAUAUAGCACCACGUUAUGCCAGCAUCCUGAUGGGUAUUUCUAAUGGAGUGGGCACCUUAUCGGGCAUGGUGUGCCCUCUUAUAGUGGGAGCCAUGACCAAACAUAAGACACGUGAAGAAUGGCAGUAUGUCUUCCUCAUUGCAGCAUUAGUGCAUUAUGGGGGUGUAGUCUUUUAUGGGAUAUUUGCGUCGGGAGAGAAGCAGCCUUGGGCUGAUGCUGAGAACACCAGUGAGGAGAAAUGCGGCAUCCUGGACGAAGACGAGCUCGCCAAUGAGACUGAAGAGCUUUACAGAACGGGUGGACAGUAUGGUGCCAUUAACCAGCCAAACACCGCUGGGCCUAACGGGAGUGGAGGUGGGGGCGGAGCUGGAUGGGUCUCAGACUGGGACAAAACAGAAGAAUAUGUCCAACCAGUUGGGAGAAAUAGUUAUCUUUAUGGAGGAGAGGAUGAGAGGGAGCUCACAUAGUAGGAAUGGUCUACAUUUCCAGUCCUGGAGAGUUGGAAUAUAUCACAAUUUCCCUGUAACAGACACAGAAUGAUGUAUAGUUGGACCCUCAUCACUAAACCCCAUGUAGAACAAAGCUUUUUCUUAGAUGGACAGGGACACCAAACCAGAAUCAGAAUUUCGGGUUAAUACACUAGUCUUCUCCAGGACAAUUUUAGUUCUCCAGGUUACCCUUGGGCCUUCUUUCUACAAUCUUAGUAAGAGGGUUUCUAGAUAUUUCUUAAUUCUUAUUUCUACAUAGAACCUUUACUAGUCCCCUAAAGGUACAAAUCAAGGAACCCAUUUUUGUUUAUACACACAAUGGAAUAAGUAUGUAUAUGAUUUACUGGCCUUUUGGUUAAUGUUAGUUAGCUGGCUAACUUUAGAUAAGUAACCAGCUGACUAAAGUGUUGGUGAGGUAGCUAACAAUAAAAUUGUGUGAAUUCAGAAUGCAAUUAUAUUCCAAAUUCACUUGUGCACAAAUUCAGUGCGUGUAGUUGGAUUUGUGCCCAUGCUUUUUGGCUAUGUAUUGGAGCUUGUACGUAUUGUAUUUUGGCUUGUUAUUCCUGAAUUUUCCACCAACACAACACACAUCACAGCCAAGUUGACAGUAUUUAUAGGCCUACGUGUUUUUGAGUUAAUGAGACAUGAAUAAAAACCCAUUAAUUUCAAGUGACCAGUUAGAGCAGAUAAGAACAUGAUAAUAAUGCUGCGUUCCCUAUGUACAACCUGUAAAAACCACCGAAAACACCCCCUCAGCUUGAAAUUUCAACUCAUUAACUCAGGGUAGUCGUUCCAAGUACCAGUUCCUUCCCCGUUUAAGGCAUGACGUCAAAUCAACAUGGCCGCACACACUGUGAAAAGUGUGAAGUCCCCCUACUUUUAAAUUAGUUUAUUGCAGUAUUGGCUUUAGAUCAGUUAAUAUACAGACACAGUACUUGGUUAACUCUGUGACAUCGACCACACUAAUAGCUGUUUUGAGAAGGUAUUCACCAACAUUAGAGUUAUAUAAUGUUAGCUGGCUAGCUUGUUGCUAAGACUACUCUCUAUUGUGUGCUAGCUAGCUUGUUGCUAACUCUACUUGCUAUUGUCUGCUGUUGUUAUUGUGCGGCAAUAUCAGUCCAUAAUGUUGCAUGAAAGUUUGAAGUUCAUUAUAUUAGAACAGUACCAAUACCACUUACCUGCUUAAGUGCAGUUAAAGUAGCUUUUAAUGAGUCUUGUGCGCUCUGAAAGAGCAAAAAAAAAUGCUUUUGUGAAAGUGUCCAUGUUUUAUUUGUCCACUUUUCACGUCAAACAUGUUGAGCUGGGAAAAUGACAUUAUUAUAACUUGCAAAUGAGCAUUUACAAGUCACCACGAACCCAGCAAAAACAUAAUUUUGAUCAUUGUUGGGUGGGAUUUCCACCACUGUAAAAAUUUUUUAAAAAUCACAGACCCCCUGGCUAUGCUUCAUAGACAGUGAAGUUUUUUUUAGAACCACUUGUAGGUCUUGACGUCCAAUAAAUACUGGUGAAGAUGUCUAUUUCAUGCCAAUUAAACAUCUUCAUGCCCACUAGGAUGGUUGAAUUGGCUAAUGGUUGACUAAUCAAAGGCUUUGUCCACCCGACCUGGGGUUUCUGCUGUCCAGCGCAGGCUUCACAUAAUCAGUCUGUGGGGCUGCAGCUGAAUACUUCUGCCUAAACCUGGAAUUAUAUUCAGUUAAAUCAGGUGUCUUUGAGCAGGGAAAUCACUCAACUGGAGUUCUGAUAGAUUUCAACUCUCCAUGGUUGGACUUGAAAACCCAAGAGUUGACCCGGUAGAGCAAACGUGGGAGAGGAUUCAUAUGAAAGUGAAAGAUAGAAUGAAAUACUCAACACAGUGGGAAACAAACUCAAUCUUAAGAUAGUGAAUGAGAAUAUGCUGUUAGGAAAAAGGGUUCUUUGCUGUUUCGGAUAAUUAAGCUUUCUUAGCUUCCAAAAAAGGCUUCUACUUGGUACGAUCUGUUAUAGGGUUCUACGUAGAACCCCUUAAGGGUUCCCCUGAAGGUGUGUAGGCUUUUAAUGAUGUUUAUUGUAUGUAAUAUUGGAAAGUGUGUCAGACUGAAAGACAAUGUUGUAUAUGAAUUUACAAUUGAAUUUGUGUGUGUGUGUGUGUGUGUGUGUGUGUGUGUGUGUCUAAGUUUGGAUUUUGACGGUGCUGUGUUCUAACUCCAGUAUUUUAGGCUUUCUGCCAAAAUCACUGUAAUGCACUUAAUAUGAGGAUAAAUACCAGAUGUGUACCUUUGGUGUAAGUGUGUAUGUGUGGAAAUGUGUGAACCUGUGUGUAUGUGUGUGUGGGAAUGUGUGUGUGUGUGUAUGUGUGUGUGUGUGUGUGUGUGUGUGUGUGUAUGUAAGCAUGUGUGUGCGUGUGUGUCUGUGUGUGCAUGUGUGAGUAUGUGUGUGUGUGAGAGCGAGCGUGUGUGUGCGUGUGUGUGCAUGUGUGUGUGUGUGUGUGUGCUUUGUUUCUCUUUUCUGUGCACAAUUCCUUGCGUUUGUCCAUGGUUCCAUGGUCAGCACACAGAUCACCCUCUCUGCCUCAUGUCAUAAACAUAUAUUUCCCUAUUAAACAUUGUAUUCACAACAGUACAUGAUCAUGAGUCACAUUCGUGAUGUGUGUUUGUAUGUUGUCCUCUAGAAUUAUUGGCACCUUUCCUAUUCAUUGGCACCCUUCAUAAAAACGAGCACAAUUUAUUUAUUUAUUUAUUUAUUUAUUUUAAUUAAUUGCACACAGUAAUUCUGUUUAUAAACAGAAACUGUUUAUUUUUGCUCUAAUAAUUUUUUUAAUGAUUUUAGUCAUUUUUGAUAAUUGUAUUAUUUUAAAUAUAUAUGUGCCAAAAAUAAAUAAAAUAUUUUAAAUAUUUUAAAUAAAUUCAAACAACUAACAUUUAUUUAUUUAUUUAUUUAUAACAUUUAUUUAUUCAUAUUAUUUAUUCAGUUCCUGUUUAUUUGAGCUCAAAAUAUCCCUUAUUGCUUGUGUUAUUCUUAACAUGUAUUUUUAAAAUUCAUUCUCAUGAAGGGUGUCAAUAAUUGUAGUGGACACUGUGUGUGUGUGUGUGUGUGUGUGUGUGCGUGCGUGUGUGUGUUUAAAAGAGAUAAAAGCCCCCAAAUUGUAAAGCAAUGGGUAGAAACCUGCUAGACAUCCUUCUAAAUAUCUCAUUUAUUAUUUACUGUAGCACCCAGGAACUUCACACACCAUGUUGUGAAAUCCUGAUGACGUCUUUUCGUCGCGAGACAAUUUCACACCUUUAGAAACACUCUAUCUAGGCUGCAGUUGAAGCAGACAUUUCAGUCAGAGAAGAGAAAUUAAGUCUAGCAGUAAUGAUGGAAACGGUUCUGACUUUGUCCUUUCAAAUGUGAUGUUUCUACUUUUGGUUGUUGUUGUUUUUUUUUUAGUUCCUCUCUUUAUCAUUGUUUUCCCACAAUGUCGUGAUUACAGUAUGUGUGAAGAACGAAUAAAUUGUUAGAUAAUCUUUUUUUUUUCUUUUGGAAAACAAACAUAAAUAAACAGAAGUGAAUAAAAUCUACAUGUGAAAUUUCCCUGUGUACAAUAAAGCUGAUGAAUCAA